AUGGGUGUUUGUGUAGAGAAAAAGGGGCAAAAAAAGAGAAAGGGUGGCCAAAGGGAGAGAAAAAUACCUAGAUCCUCAAGAAGCGUCAUGUACAAAGUCCAACCCGCCAUGAAUAGAUUCCAUGAAAUCAGGUGGCUAAUGCGCGAAAGAGAAAGAGAUAGAGAAAGGAGGUGGAUGUUGUUUGCGCAGAAGAGGGAUGGGGGGAGGGUGUUUGCUGAGAAGAGGUUUGAAAUGGAUGGUUUUUGGCAUGGAUUUUGGAAAGGGACUCGCCACUUGACAAAGAAGAGAGAGCCAUUGCUUGUCCAAGGAUUUGGCGAAGUGACCGCCUGA